AACGAAAAUUUUCAAAGUUCAUUUCAAAAUUUCAGUCUAAAAAACCUGACCUGACCGGACCGGACCGGACAAAGCCCCAUUAAAGAACUCACACAGAUCUUUCAAAUCCUUGAAUGAUUCUUUAAUUCCCUUUUGACACAUUUUCCCUUCGAAUGCUGUCAGUGGUAAGUCCCCUUUUUCAGCUAUGAGAAAUUUGAGAAAAGCAUGAUAUGCCGUCGCUUCGCAUUGAUACCAAGCAUGAUGGAUGCUGAUAAUAUCAUUCCUGUGUCUGGGAAUGGGAGUCUUGAAAAUGGUCAUCACCAACAAGUCCCAAUAUCUGAAAAUGUUAACGGGACCUCGAAUGGCAAUCUUGAGAUUGAAGGCUUGGCUGAGAAUUUCGAAAAUUCCAUUGAGUUGAAUGUUGAGGACAAAUUAAAUUCUGGCCAAGAAUUCGUAGAAGAGCCUACUUUACCCCCAGGAAGUCAUUCAACCAGCAACUCAAAGGAUUCUGGAGUUCAAAAGCCUGAUGAAUCAAAGAAUUUGAAAGCGCAAGACAGUAUGAUAAGAAUCGACAAUAGGAAACAUUUGAGCAAGGGCAAAGAUGGAAAAGAGGUUAAGAAAUCUUCAAACGGCAACAUUGCUUCCGAAUCACGCCCGAGACAGACUUCUGCUUUUGGAACAAAAAGUAAAUCAUUCAAUGAGAGGCAAAGUGCUGACAGCUCUAGAGCCGCUUCUGCUAAAACGGCACAGCCUGAAGAAAUUCCUAAGAAGACAAAGCUGAAAGCUCUUACAAAAGGCCCUGCCAGUAAAGCCGAUGAGAUCCCACAGUCUUCAUCAAAUCCUACUGCUGAGGAAGCUAAGCCCCUAAAAAUGGGUUCUCUUCCUGCCUAUAAUUUCAGUUUUAAAUGCAACGAAAGGGCUGAGAAAAGGAAAGAGUUCUAUUCGAAACUCGAGGAAAAGAUUCAGGCAAAGGAAGAAGAGAAGAGUAAUUUGCAAGCUAAAACCAAGGAAACACAAGAAGCUGAGAUCAAGAAGUUGAGGAAAAGUUUAGGUUUCAAAGCUACACCAAUGCCGAGCUUCUAUCAGGAACCUCCACCUCCAAAAGCAGAACUAAAGAAGAUACCUACCACCAGAGCUAAAUCCCCCAAACUUGGCAGGAAAAAGAACUUGAGUUCACCAACUGCCGACACAAAAGAAAACGGGCCUUGCCAGCCUAGGUUAAGCUUGGAUGAGAAACUCUCGCAAAGCAACCUUGCCCGAACAACAACACGUGACAAUCAUGUCAAGAAGCCGCAAAGAAAGUCCCUUCCCAAGUUACCGUUUGAGGACAAUGCCUUAUCAUAUGAAAAGAAAAAAACACCAUCGUCUCGUAAAAACAAUGCUUCCAAAGAAACCGUUGAGCACGAGGUUCAGCCGAAAGUCUCGACAGAUGAAGAAACUACAGCUGCUGGGACAUUCGAGGGUCAGUUGGACGUAAAUGAGAAGCUUCCGGAAGCUGGGGAAGAAAUUGCUAAGGUGCAAGAGGCAAUUGCAAUCUCUUUUCGAUUCAUCCGACGGUCCGUAUUUCACACAGCAGGGGGUACAAAUGCUCCUUUUGAAUAUGAGUCUUAUUUUUUCAUUUCUUUUGGUGUGAAUCUUGAUGUCUUGUUAGAAAAAUCCGACGUGAUGGAUGCUGAUAAUGUCAUUGUUGUAUCUGUAAAUGAGGAUCUUGAAAAUGGAUCAAUGAAUUUAAAUGGGACCUCAAACGACACCCUUGAGAUUGAAGGGUUGGGCAAGAAUUUCGAAAUUGCUGUCGGGUUGAAUGAGGGGGAAAAUCGUUUAAACGCUGUUCAAGAAAUCACGGAAAAUCCAGCUUUACCACCAGAAAGCCAUUCAGCCAGCAGCCCAAAGGAACCCAAGGUUCAAAAGUCUGAUGAUUCAAAGGGUUCGAAACCGCUGAAGGGUACCAUAAAGACCAGAAAUGAGAAACCCUUGAGCAAGGGUAAAGAUGGAAAGGAGGUUACAAAAUCUUUAAAUGGCAACACUGUUUCUGAAUCACUCCCAAGGCAGACUUCUGCUUUCGGAGCAAAAAGCAAAUCAUUCAACGAGAGGCGAAGUUCUGCUCAAAAUAUGGGACCACGUGAAAAUAAGGCAAAGCUGAAAGCCAUUAGGAAAGGCGCUGCAAGUAAAACAGAUGAGAUUCCUCAGUCUUCAUCAAGUCCUACUGGUUGUGAUGAUGCUAAGCCCCUCAAAUUGGGUACUCUUCCAACCUAUAAUUUCAGUUUUAAAUGCAACGAAAGAGCUGAGAAGAGGAAAGAGUUCUAUUCAAAACUUGAAGAAAAGAUCCAGGCAAAGGAAGCAGAGAAGAGUAAUCUGCUAGCUAAAACUAAGGAAACACAGAAUGCGGAGAUCAAAAUGUUCAGAAAAAGUUUGGGUUUCAAAGCCACACCAAUGCCGAGCUUCUAUCAGGAACCUGCACCUCCGAAGGCAGAACUAAAGAAGUCCCCCAAGCUCGGACGGAAAAAGAGCUCGAGCUCACCAACUUCCGACACCAAAGAAAACGGGCCGCGCCCAUCCAGAGCACAUGAUCAUGUCAAGAAGCCGCAAAGGAAGUCCCUUCCCAAGUUACCGUUUGAGGACAAUGCCUUGUCAUAUGAAAAGAAAAAAUCAUCAUCGUCGUCUCGUAAAACUGCUGAGCAUGAGGUUCAGCCAAAAGUCUUGACGGAUGAAGCAACUACUGUUGCUGGGGGAAUUGAUAGCGAGUCGAACGUGGAUGAGAAACUUCCGGAAGCUCAGGAAGAAGUUGCUAAGGUGCAAGAGACAAUUCCA